CUUGCCUAGGUACCUGGGUCUUGGCUUGGCCGAAAGAAGAAAGAUAAUAAAAAAAAAGUAAGAGGCCAACAAGACCACUUUCGUUUCCAAUGGGUCGCAGUGAAUCGAGGAUCUACUUCCAAGUCAUUGUCCAAGUAUAGUACAGAGCUUUGGGUCUUGCGUCGGAUAAUGCAGGCCUAAGGAGUGUUCUUCAUCUGCAUUUCUUUUAUCUUACUUGAACCUACACUACGGCGACCGAGUAAUUCAGUGGCGACGGCUGAGCCGACGCGCGAGCCAUCACCAUGAAGUUUUCCACGUUGGCCCUCGGCCUCGUGGCCGUAUUAACUCCCCUCACUGCCGCGUGGUCCAAAGAAGACCGUGAAAUCUUCCGUGUCCGCGAUGAACUAGCCACGCACGAGGGUCCCGACGUGACCUUCUACGAUUUCCUAGGCAUUACGCCGUCCGCGAGCCAGGACGACAUCAACAAAGCCUACAAGCGCAAGUCGAGGGCCCUGCACCCUGACAAGGUAAGGCAGCAGAUUAUGGCCGAGCGUACCAAGAAGAAUAAGGCCAAGGGUGUGAAGGUCACCAAAGCGCCCAGCCAGUCGCAGAUCAAGGCUGCCGUUAAGAAGGCCGGGGAGCGCCAGGCUCGGCUGGGUAUCGUCACCAACGUUCUGCGUGGCCCCGGCCGCGACCGAUACGACCACUUCCUGAAGAACGGGUUCCCUACGUGGAAGGGCACCGAAUACUACUACAGCCGGUACAGGCCGGGUCUUGGCACGGUGUUGUUUGGCGUUCUGCUCGUUGGUGGUGGUGGCUUCCACUACCUCGCCCUGUACAUGAGUUGGAGGCGUCAACGCGAAUUCGUUGACCGCUACAUCAAGUUCGCCCGGAAUGCGGCCUGGGGCGAUAACUUCGCCAUUCCCGGCGUAGACGCUCCCGAUGCUGGAACUCCGCCGCCGCAGACGGGUGACGAAAAUCAGCCCCCAAUCGCCAUGAACCGCAAACAGAGACGUUGGCAAGAGAAGGAGACCCGUAAGGAGUCCGCUAAGGAAGGCAAGCGACCCAGCCGUGCGAAGGGACGCAGCAGCCAGCAAGCUAGCGGUAGCGCCACACCCGUACCGCAAGCUCCUUCUGGUUCGGGCCCUACAGGCGCCAAGAAACGCGUCGUAGCUGAGAACGGCAAAAUUCUUGUCGUCGACUCUCUCGGCGACGUCUACCUCGAGCAGGAAGAUGCCGAUGGAAACGUUCACGAGUUCUUGCUUGACCCCGCUGAAUUUCCCCCGCCUACUAUCAAGGACACGGCACUUUUCAAGUUUCCAGGAUGGUUCUACGGUCUCACCGUCGGCCGAGCCGUCGGCCAGUCCGCCACUUCAACCGAAGAAACCGAGAUUGAGAUUGUUGACAAUGGUGUCGAUGAGGAUGGCGACUCUGAGGACGCGGCUCAAAGGACCCCUUCAACGGACUCUGCAGAUGAUUUCGAGCUUCUCGAGAAGAGCGUUGAGGACCUGCCUAAGCCCAAGGCCACGGGCAGCCAGGCACAGAGCGGCAAGGCCAAGAAGAGAAACAACAAGAAGCGCUAGUCCAGUUAUGAGUAUGUUACAUAUAUAGCCGUGGAGGGAAACAAGUAGAAGCCUACUCAGUUGACGAAAUAUCACAUACAUGCGACGCACCAUAAGGGGUGGUCUCGCUAUACGGGUAUGACUCAUUACAUGGCUUAUUAUCAAUAUUUCCAUAUAUAUAUACAUAUAUUAGUUUCAAGAGCAAAUUCUGUCUUAUCGCAUUCAAAUCUUAGCUUCCAAACAUCGUUCC